GAAUAAUCGUCCACGAUUUUGAAAAAUUUGAACCAUAAACUGGACUGGUAUGUCAAUAAACAAUUAUUGCAUGGUUUCUACUAAUAUGCAGUAUGUACUUGAUCUGAAGGCAGUCUCAGUAAGCCUAUACAAAUACCUUUGUGACGAAAUAAUAGGUUCUGAAAAAGUUGUCAGAUAUAAAAGAUUAUAUUGCAAACUCCAUGAUGACAUAUUAGAUUACAGUGAUUCAGAAUUUAUAAGCAGUGGCAGGAAGGCUGAGGGUCUAGACCUUCCAGGGAGCGAUGUUGAUAUGAUGUUUUUGUUCAAAACUUGGGAAGUUUAUGAAGUUAUGCCUAACAACAAAGAAGAAGUUAUUAUACUUGACACAGAUAAUGCUUUACCAUGUUUUGCAUUACUAAAAGUUGAUGAUGAUGUAUCCUUUCUAUUCCCACCAACAAUUACUAGUCAGGGAAAUAUUAUAGCCAGUAAUGACUUUUUGGAUUCCAUCUGCAGCAAAGAAGAACGCGACGAUGCAUUUUAUGAAAUUCAUGGACCAAGUGUAUCACAUUCCUUAAUAUCCGAUGUCGACUUCGUGACUUGUUUAAAGUGCCAUGCAUGGCCAAAUGUAGCAAAAAAAUGGCUGCUAAGAUAUAGACCAUCGGGAUGGCCGUCACAUGAUAUCAUUUCUAAAGUAGUGACCGAAGGUGUUUUAUUAGUACCGAUUGGAAGCAAGUCUUCUAGUAGCGCGGGAAACCCAUUAGAAUGGCGAUUUUCCUUUUCUCUGUCAGAAAAACUAUUAGUUUAUUCAUUGAGUCACUGUCAGUUGCUUUGCUAUUCGUUGCUGAAAAUUUUCUUAAAGGAAAUAUUGAAUAAAAAUAACAUACUUAAUGAUAAGCUAUGUUCAUAUUAUAUGAAAACUGUGCUGUUUUGGGUUUUAGAAGAAGACAAAAAAUUAGAUUGGAUUCCCGAAAAUCUGCUGCAAUGUUUUCUUUUAUGCAUCCAACGCCUCCAUUAUUGGAUUUUAUGUGAAUAUAUUCCUAAUCAUUUCAUACCCGAACAUAACAUGUUGGACGGAAAACUCUCACAAGAGGCUGUUUCAUAUCUUUCACUGUUUUUAGACAACAUAAAUAAACCUGGAAGAUGGAAAAUAAUUUUAUCAGCUCCGUCACUUCUGAAUUUCCGACAUAAACCAAUUAAUAUUUCAAGAAAAUUGCACCGAUUGACAGAAUUUGAUGCAGCAGUGAGACCUCUGCAGACAUUCAGUACUCAUAUCCAACUAAGCAAUUAG